AUGGCUGACGUCUCGGACCCCAAGAUUGACGAAGCGUACCUGGACGUCCGCUCGGACAAGACGGAGACCAACUGGCUGCUCUCUGACUACGAGUCUGACCGAUCCGACAAGCUCACGCUGACGGCGACGGGCUCCGGAGGUCUCGAGGAGCUCCGUGAGCAUCUCGACGAAUCCAAGGCGUCGUUUGCGUAUGCCCGCGUCCAGUACGCGAACGACAAGGAGUCGAAGCGGGAGAAGUUCAUCUUCAUCGUAUGGAUAGGGCCGAACUGCAAGGUUAUGCGCAAGGCGAAGAUCUCCGUCCAUGCUGCGGACGUGAAGCAGGUCCUCAGAGUCUACUCGCUGGAGGUUCCUGCUCGUGAGAAGGACGACUUGAAGGAAGAGCCGAUAAUAGUUCGCUUGCGAAAGGCUGGUGGGGCGAGUUACGACGGGGUAUGA